AUGUCUAUAUCUAUUCCUUUGAGGAGCCGCAAACGCCCGACUUGGCCUGGGUUCACGUCGGUACAUAUCGGCCUUACGUUCAUCCUUUUCGAUGUCGGUGUAUCCACCGUCUUUCGUCUCGGCAUUGGCACUUCGCUUCUGGUUGCAGCGUUGCGGUGCAUUGGACAGCUUGCAAUAGUCGCGACGUUAUUACAGCAGGUUUUUGAGAAUCAGAAUCCAUGGAAUGUGGCGCUUAUCUCUUUUGUGCUGAACUUCCUGGGUACAUUUGAAACGGUUAUCAACAAAUCUCCGCUACGUUUUCAUUACAUGUUUCCUUCUGUACUCGUAGGUAUGCUUGGAUCGACGAUUCCGAUCUCGAUCCUCGGCGCCAAAUAUGCUAUGUCGGUCGAACCCUUCUGGUCACCUAUCCAAUACAUUCCCAUCGUUGGCAUGCUUUGUGGGGCUACUAUAUCGGGCAUCGUUGUAGCUGUCAGCUAUAUCCUCAAAGAGCUUCAGGUGAAUAAGGACAAGGUCGAGAUCUGCCUCGCAUUUGGCGCAUCGCGGAUGGAAGCGUGCCGUCCUCUCGCCGUACAGGCUCUACGGCUUGCCCUAAUGCCGCCGAUAAACAGUAUGAGUGUUCUUGGGAUCAUCGCGAUCCCGGGCAUGAUGACAGGUGCGAUCCUUGGAGGUUCGUCCGUCCAGCAGGCGGCACGCCUGCAAAUGAUCAUCAUGUUCAUGAUCACGGCGAGUACGACACUAGCGUCGGUGUUCACCACCUUCGCGGCUUUUGCGGUCACCGUCGACCAUCAUCACCGCAUCCGAACCGAUAGAAUCGAACAACGCGACCGUGGUUGGCUUAGAGUCACCCAGUCGAGCUGGAAGAAGUCUCACCAGUCGGUGAGGCGUUAUCUCCUCAGCUGGAGAUGGAAGGAUGGUGCCCGAAACAACGGACGAGACGCACUAAUCAAUGAGACGACUCGCCUUCUGGGAUAG